CCUCCGUUUUCCCUUUUGUCAGUGGCUGAUCCCCGAGACGCAGAGAUCCACAAGGACGUUCAGAACUACUAUGGGAAUGUACUGAAGACAUCUGCAGACCUCCAGACUAAUGCUUGUGUCACCCCAGCCAAGGGGGUCCCUGAGUACAUCCGGAAAAGUCUGCAGAAUGUACAUGAAGAAGUUACUUCCAGGUAUUAUGGCUGCGGUCUGGUGGUGCCUGAGCGUCUGGAAAACUGCCGGAUUUUGGAUCUGGGCAGUGGGAGUGGCAGAGAUUGCUAUGUGCUUAGCCAGCUGGUCGGCGAGAAGGGACACAUCACCGGGAUAGACAUGACUAAGGUCCAGGUGGAAGUGGCUAAGGCCUAUCUUGAGUACCACACGGAAAAGUUCGGUUUCCAGACACCCAAUGUGACUUUUCUUCACGGCCAAAUUGAGAUGUUGGCAGAGGCCGGGAUCCAGAAGGAGAGCUAUGAUAUCGUUAUAUCCAAUUGUGUGAUCAACCUUGUUCCCGAUAAACAACAAGUCCUUCGGGAGGUCUACCAAGUCCUGAAGUACGGCGGGGAGCUCUAUUUCAGUGACGUCUAUGCUAGCCUUGAAGUGUCAGAAGAUAUCAAGUCACACAGGGUUUUAUGGGGGGAAUGCCUGGGCGGCGCUCUGUACUGGAAGGACCUCGCCGUCAUUGCCGAAAAGAUUGGGUUCUGCCCUCCACGUUUGGUCACUGCCAACAUCAUUACGGUUGGAAACCAGGAACUAGAAAGGGUUCUUGGUGACUGUCGCUUCGUGUCUGCCACAUUUCGCCUCUUCAAACUCCCUAAGACAGAGCCAGCCGGAAGAUGCCAAGUUGUUUACAAUGGAGGAAUCAUGGGACACGAAAAGGAACUAAUUUUCGAUGCAAAUUUUACAUUCAAGGAAGGUGAAGCUGUUGAAGUGGAUGAGGAGACGGCAGCCGUCCUGAGGAACUCUCGGUUUGCUCACGAUUUUCUCUUCACACCUGUUGAGGCGUCCCUGUCGGCUCCCCAAACAAAGGUUAUGAUCAGAGAUCCAUUCAAGCUUGCAGAGGAAUCUGACAAGAGGAAGCCGAGAUGUGCACCGGAAGGCGCUGGAGGCUGCUGUGGCAAAAGGAAAAGCUGCUAGACCUAGGGCCAGCGUAGAGCCCACCGAGCAUGAGGGGGUGGCUGAAGGGCAGUCACAAAGUCUUCUGAGCCUGCUCUUCACCAGAGCACAGAUUAUGGGAAGAUGGCAAAGCCACUGCUAAGAAAAAGAGUGAUUUUUAGAGGGUGUUAAUUUAAGGUUCACAGCAAACUUUUUCUAUUUCACUAUUUCAGAGUUCUGGCGCCACCUGGUGGUCAGAAGUAGAACUUGUGCGCCUAAGGUUUACA